AUGACCACAAAAAUUCAAAUAAUACCCGAUAACCGGCAAGGUCAACUCAACACAGUUUUUCUGGCUACCGUUCCUGGUGUACUCAAAAUCGCCGAAAUCCUGCUGUCAUUCAUAUCGUUCAUACUCGCAAUAUGCGCAGAUCGUAAUUCAACUACAGCCGCUUGGACGGAACAUAUUUCCUUCGAGACGUGCAUUGUUGUGAGCGCUCUUUUGCUCGGCUACGUUUGCUUCCCUCACUUGACUAUUCGAGAUGAACAGACUCGAGAAGGACUCAUUGUUGUG